AUGGUCCCUUUAGGAAAAACACCAACAACAUCAUCAAGAAAGAAGACAACAACAAGAAGAAGAACAACAACAACAAACAAGAAGAAACAUCUUCCACAUAGCAAAAUCCAAGAAACAUCCUCUGAUCUCAGCUCAUCAAAGGACAAAGACAUGGAUUCUGUUAAGGUUGUUGAUGAUGAUGAUGUCUCCACCAUCAGUAAUAACAGUGUAUGUUCAACACCAAAAGGUCGAAAAUUUCGAAUACCCGAAAUUUCAACAUGUCCACCAGCUCCAAAGAAACAAAGGGUGCUUUCAAAUUUCUCUCUUCGUAGAGUAAUUUUUGCACCACCAGAUUUGGAGAACUUUUUGUGUGUUGCACUUCAAGAUUCUCUAGCUUCAUUUGUUUGCUAG